UGAUCAUUCAAAGCUGUAUGUAUAUGAGCCGUUAGUACAGCUUCUGUGUGUAUUUGUACAUGUUUGCACAGGAGGUGUACGGAAGACUGGUCAGUUGAAGGCGACAUCUGAUUUGACCCUGGAUGAAAUUGGCAAAUUCAUGAAUGCGGGGUUAGCCUGACUGCUUAAGAACUAAGUGACAUUUUGGAGACGGCUAGUUAAUUUGGAACAGAGCUGUGCAAUUAAUGGUUAGGAGUUUUCGGAACAAGUCCAAAUCAUAUUGAAUUCUUGAUUUGCACUUGAUUUGUUAAUAGUCUCUGAUAAUUGCUAGAAAAGUGAUAUCACAGGAUUUACCUUUUACUAGGGAUAUUUGCCAUCGUGAGAACAGAUUGACUGUCUUACUCAAGCAUUCAACGGUGUGACCAUAUGACCACUGGAUAAUUCUGCUGGGUCAUCGCUUUGGACACGGACACGGGUAGUGUUAACACGUGGACCAGUGGACCAGUGGACCAGUGGACAUGUACCUGCACUUGACAUAGGGCUAAUUGAAAAGCUAAUUAAUUAACAGUUAGAGAUGACCACUGUGGCCACAGGACAGUGUGGCAACAUGGCGACGAGAAGUCAUGAUUCAGAGGAGAGUGAUACUGAGGAGGAUGGGUUCGGCAUGAAGAUACGUGAACGUGCAGAUGAACGAGAAGAUGUACAAAAGAAAACCUUCACAAAGUGGAUAAAUUCCCAGCUUUUAAAGGCCCGUCAAAGUCCUGUUCAGGAUUUGUUUGUUGACCUAAAAGAUGGGACGUCUUUACUGUCACUGUUGGAGGUUCUCAGUGGACUUAAACUGAAACGCGAGAAGGGAAAAUUACGUGUGCAUCACAUCAACAACAUCAACAGAGUUCUUCAAGUGCUGGCCAAAAACUACAACAUAAAACUUGUGAACAUAAGCAGUAAUGAUAUUGUGGAUGGGAAUCCAAAGUUAACCCUUGGACUGGUCUGGAGUAUUAUUCUACACUGGCAGGUAAAAGAUGUGAUGAAAGACAUCAUGGAGGAUCUUCAGCAGACAAAUCUAGAGAAAACCCUGCUUAGCUGGUGUCGGCAAUCAACACAGGGGUAUAAAAAUGUUGAUGUGAAAAACUUCACCACAAGUUGGAGGGAUGGCCUUGCCUUCAAUGCUAUACUUCAUAAACACAGGCCAGAUAUUUUUAACUAUGACGAAUUGUUGAACAAUGAUAACGAGUCCAACUUGGAGCACGCAUUUAAAAUAGCUCAGCAUCACUUGGGCAUUGACAGACUUCUAGACCCAGAAGAUGUCAACGUGGACUGCCCGGACAAGAAGUCCAUCAUGAUGUAUCUAAUGUGUUUCUUCCAAGCCCUUCCCCACUCCAACAUUGUGAUAGAGGAUCUCGCCCCCACCCAGAAUAAACCCUCCCCUAAGAGCUCCAAGACAAUGUCUGGUUCUUCUGGGAACACGAUAACAAAGUCUGUGGACACCAAGAGUCACAGCGCCUCCCCCCAGCCCGCUAACCCCGUGGGGGGUAAGGAACCAACAGAUGUACAGCACUCAGAGUCAACGAUGUCGCUAAGCUCUUCCUCCAGCCGUCAUAGCACCGCCUCCUCGACCUCGGUUGACUUGAACUCCUACCAGGAUGCACUUGAGGGUGUGUUGACAUGGUUACUUGAGGCAGAAGACGUGUUGUGUCGUCAGAGGGAGGUGGCGUCUGAGGUGAACAAAGUCAAGGAGCAGUUUCAGAUUCAUGAGGAAUUCAUGAUGGCACUAACCAAACACCAGAGCAGUGUGGGUAAUGUGCUGAAGGAGGGCAAUGACCUAAUCACCGAGGGGAAGGUGUCUAAAGAGGAGGAGAACGAGAUCCAGGUACAGAUGGGUCUGCUGAACAACCGCUGGGAGGACUUGCGUCUCCGGGCCAUGGACAGGCAGAACAAACUUCAACAGGUGUUGAUGGAUCUUCAACAAAAGCAGCUGGAUGACCUUGACAGUUGGUUAAACAAGAUGGAGGAGCACAUCAAAAACCAGGAUGCUGUGGGCACUGACCUUGACACCAUCCAUGCCCAGGUCAACGAACACAAGAAACUUCAAGAAGCUAUGGAGAAACAACAAGAGAAAGUGAACAACCUUCAGAACAUGGUGGUGGUUGUGGAUGAUUCCAAUUCAGAUUCCGCCUGUACAGCCCUGGAGAGUCAGCUGGAGGACCUGGGUCAGCGCUGGGCGACAAUCUGCCGCUGGACAGAGGAACAGUGGCUUCUCCUACAGGAGAUUCUGGAGAAGUGGCAGCACUUCUCUGCUGAGGAGGUCAAGUUUGCUGAUUGGCUGUGUGAUAAGGAGGAAGUGCUGGCCAAAAUGAGGCUGUCUGACCUCUCUGACCCCAAGCAGGUCAGCCAGCAAGUUCGUAACCUUAAGUCUAUUGAAGUGGACAUGGUGGAGCAGGUACAGAGGUUUGAAGGUCUUAACGAGUGUGGUCAGCAGAUUGUCCAGUACGUUGACCAUCCGGCUACUGUGGAGAAGAUAAAUAGCCAACUGGAGGAGUUCCACGAGCGCUGGGAGCGCCUUGUCCAGCAGAUGGAGUUACAGAGCAAUCAGAUUGCCAGUCUAAACAUUGAUGAUGAAGUUAUGCAAAGUAUGGAGGCUGAGAAUCAGCUGUCUAGCUCCGCAGAAAGCAAACUCUCAGACCCAAAACUUAAGUCUCCGGUAAGCACAGCCAAGAGACGUAAACUAGAUUCAUCAAGUUGUACAGAGUACGAACGUGAGGCGAAGAAACUGAGGGAGUGGAUGGAGAAAACAGAAAGUGCAUUAGAACUUCUGAGUUCUGAAUCACCAACAUCUGAGGACAGCCUGACAGAUGAAGAACAGCUUGUUUUGGUUCAGGAUGUGGAGAAAGAUGUCAAAGGUCAUCGUGAAAUAUUCCACAAGUUAUUGGAACAGGGCAAAACACUUCAGGAGCAGCAAAAGCUGGAAAAUGGAGACAUUGAGGUGGUACAGACUUUAAUGGUUGAUUUGGAAACAAGGUGGGGAAGAGUUUUACAUCUACUGGAAGAUACACAGCACAAGGUGGAGGUAAAUAUGGAAGUGACGAAGUUUUAUGAGGAGUUAAACGCCCUUCAGGAGUUGAUGGUCAGUUACGAGAACUGGGUUACGACUGCUGAUGAGAUCGGAAUAGAGGCGCUGGACAUCAGUAAACAGCUGGAACAGUGUAAGGAAAAAUUAAAAUCUAUGAAAUCCCACGAUGAUAGAGUGAACCGCCUGAAUGAAACGGCCAAAGAGAUAAUGGAGCAGUGUCAGGUGGCGGAUCGCAUUCAGAAAGAUCUCGACACUUUCAACACCAGAUGGGGUAGUACCUGUGAAAAAUGGGUAGGUCUGCCUUUGAAAUUGGCCUGA